UUGCCUUGUUUGACUAAAUGAAUCCCUUUCAUCUUCCAUUUUAGUCGUCUCCCCCUUGAAGAUAAGCUGCGCCUUAAUCACCCAUAACACCUUGGAUUGAUGAUGGGGCAUCGGUUAGGCGUUACAGAACCGAUUUCGUUGGGUGGACCGACAGAGUACGAUGUGAUCGAGACACGUGAACUCGAAAAGUAUCUGCGAGACGCGGGACUGUAUGAGAGCCAGGAAGAGGCUGUGAGCAGAGAGGAAGUGCUCGGCAGACUUGACCAGAUUGUAAAGAUUUGGGUCAAAACAAUUAGCCGUGCUAAGGGGUUGAAUGAGCAACUCGUGCAAGAAGCGAACGCCAAGAUUUUCACCUUUGGUUCCUAUCGGCUAGGGGUGCAUGACCCUGGUGCGCAUAUAGACGCGCUUUGUGUGGGACCUAGACAUGCUUCAAGAGAAGAAGAUUUCUUUGGCGAGCUACACAGAAUGCUGUCUGAGAUGCCUGAAGUAACAGAGUUGCAACCUGUGCCUGAUGCUCAUGUUCCAGUUAUGAAAUUUAAGUUCAAUGGUGUUUCCAUAGACCUUCUGUAUGCAAAAUUGUCACUCUGGGUUAUUCCUGAAGACCUAGAUAUUUCACAGGACUCAACACUACAGAAUGCAGAUGAGCAGACAGUUCAUAGUCUCAACGGCUGUAGGGUCACUGACCAAAUUUUGCGUUUGGUUCCAAAUAUUCAGAAUUUCCGCACAACUUUGAGGUGCAUGAGGCUCUGGGCUAAACGUCGCGGUGUUUACUCAAAUGUUGCAGGGUUUCUUGGUGGUAUAAACUGGGCAUUGCUGGUUGCCCGCAUCUGCCAGCUAUAUCCCAAUGCGCUGCCCAAUAUGUUAAUGUCUCGAUUCUUCAGGGUCUAUACUCAAUGGCGUUGGCCAAAUCCAGUAAUGCUGUGUGCCAUUGAAGAAGGAUCUCUUGGGCUUCAAGUUUGGGAUCCUAGAAGAAAUCCACAAGAUAGGUUCCAUUUAAUGCCUAUCAUAACUCCUGCUUACCCGUCCAUGAACUCUAGCUACAAUGUCUCAUCAAGUACUUUGCUUAUUAUGUCAAAGGAGUUUCAAAGAGGGAGUGAGAUUUGUGAGUGCUUGCAGGCUAUGGAGGCAUACAAGGUGGAUUGGGAUACGCUUUUUGAGCCUUAUCCAUUCUUUGAAGCGUAUAAGAAUUAUCUACAAAUAGACAUUACUGCAGAAAAUGAUGAUGAUCUAGGAAAAUGGAAAGGCUGGGUUGAAUCUCGCCUCUGCCAGCUAACAUUGAAGAUUGAGAGAGAUACUUAUAACAUGCUUCAAUGCCACCCACACCCGGGGGAUUUUUCAGACAGAUCUCGACUUUUCCAUUGCUGUUACUUUAUGGGUUUGCAGCGAAAACAAGGAGUUCCAGUGAACGAAGGUGAACAGUUUGAUAUAAGAUUAGCCGUUGAGGAAUUUAAAGGCAAUGUCAACAUGUACACAUUGUGGAAGCCUGGGAUGGCAAUCCGUGUAUCCCAUGUAAAACGCAGGAAUAUACCAAACUUUGUAUUUCCUGGAGGGAUUCGACCUUCCCGCCCAUCCAAAGGAACUUGGGUGAGUUGGAGUUCCGAACUGAAAGUUUCUGGUCAUGCUCAAGAUAAUUCUCCUGAAGGUAAAGCGGUUUCAAAUGGUGGAAGGAAGAGAAAGCAGGUGGAUGAUAGUCUGGAGACUAACCUGCUUUACAAGUGUAGCAUAUGAUGGGCAACGUGCACAUUUAUGUUUGGAUAUUUUUAUAUUAUAUAAAUGUAAGGUCUCUAAAUUAUAUUGUAUUUGAUGUGAGUAAAGAAAUUUUCACCCAUAAAAUCAUAGUCAUAAGCCUUUGUAACUUAUAAAAUAUUGUUUGUGGUCGUAAAUGGAAUCGGGAAAUCUAUAUAUCGAGACUAUAACAUGUCAACUUCAA